CAUCACGCCACGUUCUAGAUUUCCCCCAGCAUGUUUGUUCCGAUAAGAAAGUCCGAUCAGCGAGCACGGCGGCAGAUAAGAAGCUGUCGGAGUUUGAUGUCGAGCUCAGCAUGAGGGAGGACGUGUUCAAGCGAAUUACUGCCCUGCAGGAAAACCUUCAAGACAAUCUUUCUGCUGAAGAAAAGCGAUUCUUGGACAGACUUGUUAGAUUGGGUCAGAGGAAGGGACUGCACCUGUCUAAAGAUAUACAGGAGGAAGUUAAAAGAAGCUCUAAGCUUAUCAGCGAGCUCUCCAUCGAAUUCAACAAGAAUCUGAAUGAGGACAAUACAUUCCUGGUUUUCUCAGAACAAGAACUAGGUGGACUUGCUGACAGCUACCUUAACAGUCUGGAGAGAACAGCAGACGGAAAAUAUAAAGUGACACUAGAGUAUCCUCAUUACUACCCACUGAUGAAGAGGUGUCACAACCCUGAGACGAGGAGGAAGGUGGAAACAGCUUUUCACAGCAGGUGCAAAGAGGUAAACACAGCGAUCCUUGAACAGCUUAUACAACUUAGGUCAAAGGUCGCAGACUUGCUUGGUUACAGUAGCCAUGCAAACUAUAUGCUGGAGAUCAACAUGGCCAAAACUGCAAGCAACGUGUCUGAGUUUAUCGACGCUUUCUAUGAGAGGUUGAAGCCCAUUGGAGUGAAAGAAAGGAAAUAUAUCCUUGCUCUGAAGAAGAGGGAGUGUUUGAUGAAGGGCUACCCGUACGAUGGUCAGAUCAAUGCCUGGGACCUGCCGUACUACAUGAACCAAGUGGAACAGUGCAGGUUUGCUGUCAACAAGGACAAACUGGUCGAGUAUUUCCCUUUGGAGGUGGUGAGAGAGGGGCUGUUUGGGAUCUACCAGGAGCUGCUGGGACUCACGUUCACAGAGGUGGAAGAUGCCCAGGUGUGGCAUGAGGAUGUCAAGCUUUACUCAGCUCAUGAUACUGAAACAAGGGAGGAGAUUGGACAGUUCUACCUCGACCUGCAUCCAAGAGAAGGAAAAUAUGGCCACGCUGCUUGCUUUGGGCUCCUGCCUGGCUGCAAAGGGCCUGAUGGAAAACGCAGACUUCCAGUAGCAGCCAUGGUGGCUAACUUCACAAAGCCAAGGGAAGGCUGGCCCUCUCUGCUCCAGCACCACGAAGUGGAGACCUUCUUCCACGAGUUUGGUCAUGUGAUGCACGAACUCUGCUCCAAGACAACUUUUUCCGAGUUCAGUGGAACUCUGGUGGAGACCGACUUUGUGGAAGUUCCUUCUCAGAUGCUGGAGAACUGGGUCUGGGAAAAGGAGCCUCUUAGAAGAAUGUCUCGUCACUACAAGGACGGGACGCCAAUCCCAGAGAACUUACUCGACAAACUGAUUGCCUCCAGAGUCGCUAACACUGGUCUGAUGAACCUGCGUCAGGUGGUGCUCAGUAAAGUGGACCAGUCACUUCACUCCAGUCCAUGUGCAGAUACAGCUGAAGUGUUUGCAAAGCUCUACCAUGACAUCCUGGGGGUUCCUGCCACAAGCGGUACAAAUAUGACAGCCAGCUUCAGCCACUUGGCUGGAGGAUAUGAUGGUCUGUACUACAGCUAUCUUUGGAGUGAAGUCUACUCAAUGGACAUUUUUUUCAGUCGUUUUAAAAAGGAAGGCAUCAUGAAUCCAAAGGUUGGAAAAGAGUACAGGAGGGUGAUCCUGGAACCUGGCGGUUCUGUGGAUGGAAUGGAGAUGCUGAAAAGCUUCCUUGGACGUGAGCCAUGUCAGGAUGCCUUCUUUCAGUGCAAGGGACUGAUGAGGACACAAGACACAGAAACAUCUUAAAACAAUGUUCACUCAAGCCGUAAAAUGUCAAAGAUUAAAGCUGUAUUGCAGUGAGUCUUUUA